AGCUGUAAGACCUGGCUGCAUUUACAUCCCCCCCGCCCCGGGCCAGGGUGGGGUGGGAGGGGGCGAGGCGGGGUGAAGAGGUUGGGGCAGGCCGGGGGACUGGAGCCUGAGCCUCAUCCUUAUUGGCUGGCGGCUAGGGUCCGACCUGAGUCCGGAACCCGCGUCCCCAUUCACUGUCUUCACCCCUCAAUCCAGCCUUUCCCCCACCCCUGGCCUCACUUACCUCCUUCUCCCCCUCGUCUUCUCCCCGUCCUUCCCAGCACCCUCACCCUCGGGGCUGGGAAGGGCCGUUCUCGGACCCGCGCGGGGAGUGGACCAGGCAGGAGAGGGAGGUUGGAACUUCACAACUCCACACUUGGCGAUAGUGCUGGGCUUCCGGACCGACACGGAUCCCCCGUCCCCGCCCGCGGUCGCCUUGUCAUGCUGCCCAAAGUGGAGACGGAAGCCCUGGGACUGGCUCGAUCGCAUGGGGAACAGGGCCAGAUGCCGGAAAACAUGCAAGUGUCUCAAUUUAAAAUGGUGAAUUACUCCUAUGACGAAGAUCUGGAAGAGCUUUGUCCCGUGUGUGGAGAUAAAGUAUCUGGGUACCAUUAUGGGCUCCUCACCUGUGAAAGCUGCAAGGGAUUUUUUAAGCGAACAGUCCAAAAUAAUAAAAGGUACACAUGUAUAGAAAACCAGAACUGCCAAAUUGACAAAACACAGAGAAAGCGUUGUCCUUACUGUCGUUUUCAAAAAUGUCUAAGUGUUGGAAUGAAGCUAGAAGCUGUAAGGGCCGACCGAAUGCGUGGAGGAAGGAAUAAGUUUGGGCCAAUGUACAAGAGAGACAGGGCCCUGAAGCAACAGAAAAAAGCCCUCAUCCGAGCCAAUGGACUUAAGCUGGAGGCCAUGUCUCAGGUGAUCCAAGCUAUGCCCUCUGACCUGACCAUUUCCUCUGCAAUUCAAAACAUCCAUUCUGCCUCCAAAGGCCUACCUCUGAACCAUGCUGCCUUGCCUCCUACAGACUACGACAGAAGUCCCUUUGUAACAUCCCCCAUUAGCAUGACAAUGCCCCCUCACGGCAGCCUGCAAGGUUACCAAACAUAUGGCCACUUUCCUAGCCGGGCCAUCAAGUCUGAGUACCCAGACCCCUAUACCAGCUCACCCGAGUCCAUAAUGGGCUAUUCGUAUAUGGAUAGUUACCAGACCAGCUCUCCAGCAAGCAUUCCACAUCUGAUACUGGAACUUUUGAAGUGUGAGCCAGAUGAGCCUCAAGUCCAGGCUAAAAUCAUGGCUUAUUUGCAGCAAGAGCAGGCUAACCGAAGCAAGCAUGAAAAGCUGAGCACCUUUGGGCUUAUGUGCAAAAUGGCAGAUCAAACUCUCUUCUCCAUUGUCGAGUGGGCCAGGAGUAGUAUCUUCUUCAGAGAACUUAAGGUUGAUGACCAAAUGAAGCUGCUUCAGAACUGCUGGAGUGAGCUCUUAAUCCUCGACCACAUUUACCGACAAGUAGUACAUGGAAAGGAAGGAUCCAUCUUCCUGGUUACUGGGCAACAAGUGGACUAUUCUAUAAUAGCAUCACAAGCCGGGGCCACCCUCAACAACCUCAUGAGUCAUGCACAGGAGCUAGUGGCAAAACUUCGUUCUCUCCAGUUUGAUCAACGAGAGUUUGUGUGUCUGAAAUUCUUGGUGCUCUUUAGUUUAGAUGUCAAAAACCUUGAAAAUUUCCAGCUGGUAGAAGGUGUCCAGGAGCAAGUCAAUGCCGCCCUGCUGGACUACACAAUGUGUAACUACCCGCAGCAGACAGAGAAAUUUGGACAGCUACUUCUUCGACUACCCGAAAUCCGGGCCAUCAGCAUGCAGGCUGAAGAAUACCUCUAUUACAAGCACCUGAACGGGGAUGUGCCCUAUAAUAACCUUCUCAUUGAAAUGUUGCAUGCAAAAAGAGCAUAAGUUACAACCCCUAGGAGCUCUGCUUUCAAAACAAAAAAAGGUUGGGGGAGUGGGGAAGGGGAAGAAGAACAGGAAGAAAAAAAGUACUCUGAACUGCUCCAAGCAACACUAAUUAAAAACUUGCUUUAAAGAUAUUGAAUUUAAAAAGGCAUAAUAAUCAAAUACUUAAUAGCAAAUAAAUGAUGUAUCAGGGUAUUUGUAUUGCAAACUGUGAAUCAAAGGCUUCACAUCCCCAGAGGAUUCCAUAGAAAAGACAUUGUAAUGGAGUGGAUUGAACUCACAGAUGGAUACCAACACCGUCAGAAUAAGAACGGACAGAACAAUUCUUGUAUAUUUAAACUGAUCUCCGCUGUGAAGAAAUUUAGGAACUAAUCUUAUUAAUUAGGCUGAUACAGCGGGGGAUUUGAGCUUACAGGAUUCCUCCAUGGUAAAGCUGAACUGAAACAAUUCUCAAGAAUGCAUCAACUGUACCUACAAUAGCCCCUCCCUCUUCCUUUGAAGGCCCCAGCACCUCUGCCCUGUGGUCACCGAAUCUGUACUAAGGACCUAUGUUCAGCCACACCCAGUAGUAGCUCCACCAAAUCAUGAACAGUCUAAUUUUGAGUGUCUGUGUCUUAGACCUGCAAACAGCUAAUAGGAAAUUCUAUUAAUAUGUUAGCUUGCCAUUUUAAAUAUGUUCUGAGGUUUGUUUUGUCACGUGUUCAUGAUGUUAAGAAAAUGCAGGCAGUAUCUCUCUUCUAUCUUAUAUAAAUGUUAAUUAAUAUUAAGGGAAAUGACUACAAACUUUCAAAGCAAAUGCUCCAUAGCUAAAGGAACUUAGACCUUAUUUCUGCUACUGUUGCUGAAAUGUGGCUUUGGCGUUGUUGGAUUUCAUAAAAAAUUUCUGGCAGGAAGUCUUGUUAGGAUACAUCAGUCUUUUUCAUCAUCCAAGUUUGUAGUUCAUUUAAAAAUAAAACAUUAAACAUAUUUUGCUAGGAUGUCAAAUAGUCACAGUUCUAAGUCGUUGGAAACAAAAUUGACACAUGUUAAUCUAUGCAAAGAGAAAGGAAAGGAUGAGGUGAUGUAUUGACUCAAGGUUCAUUCUUGCCGCAAUUGAACAUCCUCAAAACUUGGGAUGGAAAUGGUGAUUUUUACACGUGGCCUGGAAAGAUAUUAAAGUAAUUCAAAUCUUCUCCAAAGGGGAAAGGAAGAGAGUGAUACUGACCUUUCUAAGUCAUAGGCCAAAGUCUGCUGUAGAACAAAUAUCGGAGGACAAAGAAUCGCAAAAUCUUCAAAUGACUAUUAUCAGUAUUAUUAACAUGCGAUGCCACAGGUAUGAAAGUCUUGCCUUAUUUCACAAUUUUAAAAGGUAGCUGUGCAGAUGUGGAUCAACAUUUGUUUAAAAUAAAGUAUUAAUACUUUAAAGUCAAAUAAGAUAUAGUGUUUACAUUCUUUAGGUCCUGAGGGGCAGGGGGAUCUGUGAUAUAACAAAAUAGCAAAAGCAGUUAUUUCCUUAAUGUUAUUUUUCUGAUUGGUAAUUAUUUUUAACAGUACUUAAUUAUUCUAUGUCGUGAGACACUAAAAUCAAAAACGGGAAUCUCAUUUAGACUUUAAUUUUUUUGAGAUUAUCGGCGGCACAAUCACUUGUAGAAACUGUAAAAAAUAAAAGUAUCUCCUAGUCCCUUAAUUUUUUCAUAAAUGUUUCUGGCUUUUGAAUAGUGUAUUUAUAUUGUAUAUCAUAGUUUCAACUGUAGACAAUUAUGAUGCUAAUUUAUUGUUCCUUGGUUUCAACUUUGUAUAAGAUAUAGCCAAGACUGAAGAAACCAAAUACAUGUGUUUACUGUAGCAUGUCUUCAAGUUAGUGGAACUUAGUUCAGGGACAUAGAAGAGUCUUAAUGAAUUAAAAUCAUUCACUUCAUUAAAUGUCUGUAAAUCUUCAUCAUUCCUACUGUAGUUUAUUUAAUAUCUAUUGUAAAUUAUAUGACUUGUAGCUUCCUCUGGUUUUCAAGUAAACUUAACAAGGUGGAGUCUUACCUGGUUUUCCUUUCCAAGCAUUGUAAGUUGUAUACCAAAGAUAUUAGUUAUUACUUCUGUGCGUACAAAGAGGAUUAUUUUAUUACUUUUAUUAAUCACCUCUAAUACUCAUCCACAUGAAGGGUACACAUUAGGUAAGCUGGGCGUUGGCUCAUGCAUAGUCUCAGUCACCCGUGUUAUCUUCAUGGCUCAAAGGACAAUGCAAAAUCACCGAUCAGAGCGCAUAUCCAAAGCAUUACAGAGAACAGCAGCAUCAUUGCCCUCUCCAGCUGAAAAACAAGUUGGCUAGAAGAUACAUGGAGAGGAAUGGUGUUGUCAACAGUGAAUGAAACGGUCCUAUCAUGCAUAUGUACUGUGGGUGGAGACAAUUAUAAGAUUUGACUAUAACUAUUUGGAGGGUCUUUAACAUUGCCAAAAAACCAAAUAUGUUGAUUUUUAUUUUAUUUUAUUUUGUAUUUUAAGAGGCGAGAUCUUGAUCUCAUAUGCUCCCCAGGCUGGCCUCGAACUCCUGGACUCAAGCAUUCCUCCCACUUUCAACCUCCCCAGUAGCUGGGACUAGGGGUGCACGCCAGCACGCCUGGCUACAUUGACUCUUAAAGUCUAUGUUCUCUUAUUUUAAAGAUACAGUACUCCCCACUGAAAAUCAAACCUAAAAAAUGUCACUUAUUGGUAUGUUGUUAACCUGGUAGAUUAAAUCACAAGAACAAUUAGAAAGAUGGGCAACACAGCGGGUUACAUCCACACUGCUGAUCACACCAACGACAGGAGCUGGUAAGCAAGAAAGCAUCACAGCCAGCGUCUGUUCACCCAAGGUUGACAAGUGAAGUUUCUCUAGUGUUGAUUGUUAGCCUAUUUGUAACCUGACAUUUACUUAGCAACUGCCUUAUCAAUUACAGGAUUUACCGGUAACAGCAGACUCAAAUAUAAAGGUUGUUGGCUUAACUUGGUUUAUUAUAGUUGCUCUAUGUUUGUAAACAGACAAUCCGGAAUGUCUGAUUAUUUGUAUCACAGAUCUGCAGCUGCCUUGGACUUGAAUCCAUGCAAUGUUUAGAGUGUGAAGUCAGUUACUUGUUGAUGUUUUCUUACUGUAUCAAUCAAAUACAUAUUGUCAUGUCAGUUCUUGCCAGGAAUUUCUCAACAAAAUGGAAUUUUUUUCAGUAUUUCAAUAAAUAUUGAUAUGCCCAGCCUGAUAAUUUUUAAAA